GCACCAGGGUGUUUGAGGGUGGUUGUGGGAGUCUUCCCUUGCCUGGAGUCGACCUCCUCCAGCCAUGCCUGCCUGCAGGGAGUUCUGCUUUCUCCAUUUCUGGAAGGAGAACUGCGGCUGCCCCUGAAGCAUGGACCCAUAAGAGUAGCAGAUUGUCCUUCAGAAAAGAACCUUUCUGCCCCAUGUCUGGCCUGAUGAGGGUCACGGCAUGCCCUAAUACCCCCUCCAGGUUGCCUCUGAGUCUCCCCUUGGUCCUGAGCUGGAGAGGCAGAAGGGGAAGAGUGUCUGUCUUGAACAAGUGGCCUCAAAAAUCACCUCUGUCUUCUCCCACGUCAGCCAGCCUCUGGACUCCCCGUCGCCUCUGCUGCUGAGCAGCUCUGGGCUCUGCCUCGGGGAUGGGAGGGCCAGGGCUGGGCUCAGGAGCCUGGGAGAGGAACGAUUUGUAUUUCAGGCCAGCCAAGAAAGGGGCUGAGGGGUCUCUUCGCUGGGAGAAUGGAGGCAGGAGGGCACGCACUGGAUGGGGCAGUAGAAGGAAAGGGUUCCCCACUAUGGGAGCCUCAGCUUGCACCCCAGACCCUGCCCUUUUACAGCUCCGAUUCCCCUUCCAGUCUAGGACCCAGUCCCACUACUGCGGACCCUCUUCCAGUCCCACCUGCUCCCUUCUCCCACCUGCAAAGACCCUGACUGAGACCAGCUCCCGCUUCCCCAGAUGGGACCCAGGCUGCUGCCCCCCACCCCGUGCAGUCACGCCAGGCCCUCAGCCCCAGCCCAUGGAUCUGCGGGUGGGCCAGCGGCCCCCAGUGGAGCCCCCCCCGGAGCCCACUCUGCUGGCCCUACAGCACUCCCAGCGCCUGCACCACCACCUCUUCCUGGCAGGCCUACAGCAGCAGCAGCGCUCAGUGGAGCCCAUGCGGAUCUCAAUGGAUACACCGAUGCCUGAGUUGCAGGUGGGGCAGCAGGAGCAAGAGCUACGACAGCUUCUCAAUAAGGACAAGAGCAAGCGAAGCGCCGUAGCCAGCAGUGUGGUAAAGCAGAAGCUGGCAGAGGUGAUACUGAAGAAACAGCAGGCUGCCUUAGAGAGGACAGUCCACCCCAACAGCACCAACGUUCCAUACAGAACUCUAGAGCCUUUGGAGACGGAAGGGGCCGCCUGCUCCAUGCUCGGCAGCUUUCUGCCUCCUGUUCCCAGCCUACCCAGUGACCCCCCGGAACACUUCCCCCUGCGUAAGACAGUCUCGGAGCCCAACCUGAAGCUGCGCUACAAACCCAAGAAGUCCCUGGAGCGGAGGAAGAACCCCCUGCUGCGGAAGGAGAGUGCCCCCCCUAGUCUCCGGCGGCGGCCUGCGGAGCCGCUCGGGGACUCCUCCCCCAGUAGCAGCAGCACGCCCGCAUCAGGCUGCAGCUCCCCCAAUGACAGUGAGCACGGCCCCAACCCCGUCCUAGGCUCCGAGGCGCUCUUGGGCCAGCGGCUCCGGCUGCAGGAGACCUCUCUGGCUCCGAUCGCCUUGCCGACAGUGUCCUUGCUGCCCGCAAUCACGCUGGGGCUGCCUGCCCCGGCCAGGGCCGAUGGUGACCGCAGGACCCAUCCGACACUGGGCCCUCGGGGGCCGGUCCUGGGGACACCCCAUGGUCCCCUCUUCCUGCCCCCUGGUCUGGAGCCCGAGGCUGGGGGCCCCUUGCCCUCUCGCCUGCAGCCCAUUCUCCUCCUGGAUCCCUCAGUCUCCCACACCCCCCUGGUGACUGUGCCCGGGCUUGGGCCCCUGCCUUUCCACCUUGCCCAGUCCCUCCUGACCACUGAGCGGCUCUCUGGGUCAGGCCUCCACUGGCCACUGAGCCGGACCUGCUCGGAGCCCCUGCCCCCCAGCACCACCACCCCCACCCCGCCGGGCCCCCUGCAGCCCCGUCCGGAGCGGCUCAAACCUCAUGUCCAGCUGAUCAAGAGGCCAGCCAAGCCGAGCGAGAAGCCCCGGCUGCGGCAGAUACCCUCGGCUGAGGACCUAGAGACGGAUGGCGGGGGAGUGGGGCAGGUGGUGGACGACGGCCUCGAGCACAGGGAGCUGAGCCAUGGGCAGUCUGAGGCCAGAGGCCCUAUUGCCCUCCAGCAGCACCAGCAGGUGCUUUUCUGGGAGCAGCAGCAGCAGCGACUGGUGGGGCGGCUCCCCCGCGGAGGCACUGGAGACCCACUGCUGCUCCCCCUGGCCCAGGGCGGACACCGGCCCCUGUCCAGGACUCAGUCUUCCCCAGCCGCGUCUGCAUCGCUGCCUACCCCAGAGCCCGCUAGCCAGGCCAGCUCAGAGAGCCCUGCCCGCACCCUGCCUUUCACCACGGGGCUGGUCUAUGACUCGGUGAUGCUGAAACACCAGUGCUCCUGCGGAGACAACAGCAGGCACCCAGAGCAUGCUGGCCGCAUCCAGAGCAUCUGGUCCCGGCUACAGGAACGGGGGCUUCGGAGCCAGUGUGAGUGUCUCCGGGGCCGGAAGGCCUCCCUGGAAGAGCUGCAGUCGGUGCACUCUGAGCGGCACGCGCUCCUCUACGGCACCAACCCGCUCAGCCGCCUCAAAUUGGACAAUGGGAAGCUGGCAGGGCUCCUGGCACAGCGGAUGUUUGUGAUGCUGCCCUGUGGCGGGGUUGGGGUGGACACUGACACCAUCUGGAACGAGCUGCAUUCCUCCAACGCGGCCCGCUGGGCUGUUGGCAGUGUCACGGACCUCGCCUUCAAAGUGGCUUCCCAUGAGCUCAAGAAUGGUUUUGCUGUAGUGCGGCCCCCGGGACACCAUGCAGACCAUUCAACAGCCAUGGGCUUCUGCUUCUUCAACUCCGUGGCCAUCGCCUGCCGGCAGCUGCAACAACAGGGCAAGGCCAGCAAGAUCCUCAUUGUAGACUGGGACGUUCACCAUGGCAAUGGCACCCAGCAAACCUUCUACCAGGACCCCAGUGUGCUCUACAUCUCUCUUCAUCGCCAUGACGACGGCAACUUCUUUCCAGGCAGUGGAGCUGUGGAUGAGGUGGGGGCUGGCAGUGGUGAGGGUUUCAAUGUCAAUGUGGCCUGGGCUGGAGGUCUGGAACCCCCCAUGGGGGACCCUGAGUACUUGGCCGCCUUCAGGAUGGUCGUGAUGCCCAUCGCCCGAGAGUUCUCUCCAGACCUGGUCCUGGUGUCGGCCGGAUUUGAUGCUGCCGAGGGUCACCUGCCCCCACUGGGUGGCUACCACGUUUCUGCCAAGUGUUUUGGGUACCUGACGCAGCAGCUGAUGAGCUUGGCGGAAGGCGCGCUGGUGCUGGCCUUGGAGGGUGGCCAUGACCUCACAGCCAUCUGUGAUGCCUCCGAGGCCUGUGUGGCUGCUCUCCUGGGCAACAAGGUGGAUCCCCUCUCAGAAGAAGGCUGGAAACAGAAACCCAACCUCAACGCCAUCCGCUCCCUGGAAGCUGUGAUCCGAGUGCACAGUAAAUACUGGGGCUGCAUGCAGCGCCUGUCCUCCUGUCCCGACUCCUGGGUGCCCAGGGUGCCAGGGGCCGACCCCGAAGAAGUGGAGGCAGUGACCGCGCUGGCAUCGCUCUCCGUGGGCAUCCUGACUGAAGAGAGGUCACUCCCCCCAGGCCCCACCCUGGUGCCUCCCCCCAGGCCCUCAGAGCAGCUGGUGGAGGAGGAAGAACCUAUGACUCUCUGAGGCCCCGGAACGGAUCUGCCCACCCACUCCUGCCCCUCACACCUGGUUCUCUUCUAAUCUCUGGCUGUGAUACCCAUUCCUGGGGUCUUCGGAGAUCCCGUGGGCAGGGAGUCAGGGCCGGAGAGCAGCCUGCCUUGGCAGUCACCCCAGGGAGCCCGCGAAGGGCCCUGGGUCUCGGGUGGGGACCAGAGAGGACCUGAGAGGAGGCAAGCUGGACAGACGGCUGGGCCCCAGCAGGGCUCUCCAACAACAGCUCUGCCCCUCUGGGGUCUGGACGCCUGGCUGUGGCCCCCACUCCUCAGGACUUAGGCCCACCCUUAACCAAACCCUGGACUUGGCACACAGCCCCAGGUCCCACACAGAAAUGUGAACUUGGCCUCAGCCAGGGCAGCCCUUCCUGGGCUGUGAGGGCUAGAGGGGGUGAGGGACAGCAGCCAAGGGGUCCCCAUCCCUGCGUGCAGGGUGAGUCCCUCCUCUCAGCUGCUUCCUCAGAUGACUCUGGAAGCUUCCACCCUCCACCUCUGGGCACUGAGGCGAAACCCUCUGGGAGCAAUCCCUGCUGGCAGCCCGCCCAGACCAUCUCGGUGCCCGGUGGAGUGGACGGGCGCUCCUGGAGUUCUGUGCUUCUGAAUCCAAUGGUGCGAAGCCCUUCAUCUCCCCUCAGAAGUACAGCAAACCCCCAGGGGUCCCUCGGUCACUGCCCAACCCACCACAAGUCUUCUCUGUUUCCGGGGUCUCCCCCACCCCUACUUAGGACUAGCUUGGCUGAGGGGGAAGAGGGUGGGAGAAUGGACACAAGACACGGGGGGAGGGGAGGCAGCCCUGGCAAAGCCUUCCAGGCUUCUGGGGUCCAGGCCUGGGGCCAAGAAGGAAAGUAUUUGUGCGUGUGUGUGUGUGUGUGUGCGCGCGCGCGCGUGUGUUCCCCAGAACCCACCAUACCCUGUGCAUAUGUGCUUGUUUUUUUUGUAAAAAAAAAAAAAAGAAAAGGAAAAAAAAUCGGAACA